GAUGAUGCUCAUUUGCAGCAGAGUGUCAGUACUAGUGCCGCUCUACCUUUUGGUGAACUGGCUAGCACUAGCGGCCUAGUCCAUCCUGGUCUUUUUCAUACCAGAACUGCAGUAUCACUUGGUGACAUGGUGAGUCCCAUAAGUGAAGUACAAGCUGGUGCGGUGGCGAGCACAAGUAGUGUUCCGCGACCACCAAAAAUUCUCACACAGGCCCAUAGAGCCCAUAGUGUCCUUCCGGAGGUGCUUGCAAAUCCCGAUUGGCAGCCCACAAAUUUUGCAGCACCCGUACUUCCCCCAUUCAUUGCCCAACCCAGAAUUCAGGUGGAAACAGCAAAUUUAAAUACUCCCUUUGAUUUUAUG